AUGGCGAUUAUUUACGGCGUGUUCUCGGCUUCAAAUUUGAUAACGCCGUCCGUGGUUGCCAUCGUAGGGCCCCAGCUCUCAAUGUUCACAAGUGGUUUAUUCUAUAGCAUGUACAUUGCCGUUUUUAUCCAGCCUUUCCCCUGGUCCUUCUACACGGCCUCCGUCUUCAACGGAAUUGCAGCUGCUGUGAAGGUUUACAUGCUUUGGACAGCCCAAGGGAACUGCCUGACCAUCAACUCAGAUGAGCACACGAUUGGCAGGAACGGUGGUAUUUUCUGGGCACUCUUACAGUCAAGCUUGUUCUUUGGGAAUCUCGACAUAUAUUUCGCCUGGCAAGGGAAGACACAGAUCUCAGAGAGCGACCGGAGAACAGUGUUCAUUGUCCUGACUGUCAUCAGUCUUGUGGGGACCGUUCUUUUCUUUUUCAUUAGGAAACCAGAUUCCGAAAAUGUCCUGGGAGAAGAUGAAUCUUCCGAUGACCAGGAUCUGGAAAUCAAUGAGUCGGCUCAGAACAACGUGACAAAGGCAGUCGAUGCGUUCAAAAAGUCUCUAAAGCUGUGUGUCACCAAGGAGAUGCUGCUCCUGAGCAUCACCACAGUGUACACAGGUCUGGAGUUGACUUUCUUCACUGGGGUCUAUGGAACCUGCAUUGGUGCUGUCAACAAAUUUGGGACAGAGGAGAAGAGCCUCAUUGGACUUUCUGGCAUUUUCAUCGGCACUGGAAAAAUCUUAACCAUGAUGAACACAGCCUACUUGCCUGAGAAAGCACUGGCUCACGCAGCUGUUGAUGGUGUAGAUGGGCCAAUGUGUCUGCACGGCAGGCAGAGUUGA